AAUGAAGAUUGACCGUGGGAUAUAAGUAACGACCGCCCGCCCAAGACAGAAUUACCCCAAUGCCACCUCGAAAGCCAGUCGAAGCCCCUUCGGGGCCAGUCGAUGCCUUCUUCCGAAAAGUUGGUGCAAGUUAUCGCCGCAACCUCAGUCGACACCCAUUUGCGCUUUUCGGUGCACCAUUCGUCCUCACUAUCGUUGCGGGUAGCUUCUUCCUCACGCCAGCAACGGCUCUAAGAUAUGAACGGCACAACCGUAAGGUCCAGGCUCUGGGCGUAGAAGGAGAGAAGCAAUAUAUGCAAGAGUUAGAAGCGAAGAAGAAUCAUAAAUUCGACAUUCGGGAAGAGUACUUCAAACUUGCCGGACGCGACCUCGAUAACUGGGAACAGGUCAGAGUGCCAAGAAAAGAGGGUGAUUUUGAUGGUGUCUUCAAAUGAGAUAUCUCCGUGUAGUUGAUAUUUGCAUAGCGUUGGAGUCGGGUUUUGAUUUUGGAACAGAGUAGAUCACCAUGUCGACCAUUGUCGAUGCGGCGAGAUACACUGAUCGUUACGACCGCAAGCCUAAAAACAGGACCUCGGUCGAGAGAAAUACAGAAACUUGUUAACAGCCAUGCCUGAAUCAAUCAUCGGUCUGUCGUUGUGAAGCGUCCCAAUACAGUCUUGAGAGGGACUGAAGUAUCCAUAUAAAUAUAUGCUCAGAUUUAUCUGACCAGCAGCAGGACAAUGACUACGGCAAUAUGUCAGAGACUUAAGUGUAUUGUCACUCAUCCAAAUACAGACUAUGUACGGGCAGGCAAUAUAGUGCGCUCUAAGG